AUGUCAGAUGGUCAAAAACGGUAUGAACUGGGCCAAAAUGAAAAUGAAAGAAGGGCAGACCAAUAAAGCGAUGGGUCGACGAGAUCGAAAAGAACGAUUAAAUUGGGAUGAUAAAAAUCUUACAAACUGCUGGACCGAUGCAGAAGAUUUUAUUCAAUACCCAUUAUGGGCUCCAUUUAAUUCUUCUGGGCCCCGAAUCCGACACGGAUGCGGUAACGCCCUACGAGUUCCGGUGAUGAACGAGUAG